UUCUGACGAACUCGUACAAAUUCAAAUUAUUAUAUUAAACAGUGAAAAAGAUAGGUUAUAGUUUAAUAUCUUUAGAAUGGGUAACGAAGAUUUAUUGGACUUUACUAACCUAAUCAGCUGCAAGGGCAGAAAUCCGGAAUUAACGCUGCCCAACAUCCUUCCCAUUAAGGAUAUCAACGCCUUCAUGACCGAACCCAAAAACUUCAACGUAGCCAUCGAUGACUUAAUCAAACGCCAGGAAGUAAAUGCACAGCAAUGUCGCAAGGUACUUCAAGUCCUAAAGGAGCGGCUUAGUCUGAAGAUUUCAACGAUGCAAAAGCUCAAGAAGGAUCUGCAGGAUUUGCAUUCGGAGAUCAAACAGCCCGGAGCAGACACUCGUUUUGUGACCAACCAUGAGAAAGUUAAGGUGCAUUUCCUGGACGAGACGGAAGUCAGCGAACACGAAGUGUCCGUCGCCCUGGAACGUUGCAAUAUAAAAAUGAGCUCGAUCUAUUGCGAAAUCCUGGCCUUGGACAGCGAUAUGGGCAGUGUUGUCUACUUGGAGCGGGUCUCCCAGAUCAACAUAGAGUAUAUAAAGCAUUGGUAUAAUACUGAGAAGCAGAAUAAGAAAAGAAAGUCCCUUUCCGCUGGCAAUGGCCUCAAACCAACUAUUUAACUGGUUCCCUUUUUGUUUUGUAUGUAUGUUUUACUCAAUCGCAAUGACUUUUGCACUGUUCUGCGUAAUAAAUUUGU